AUGCUUCAUUUGCUGGUUCUCUCGGUCCUCGUUGCUACAACUAUCGGGUACCGUCUAACUGAGUACACAGGCAAUCGCUGCACAGAAGCUGAAACUGGAUUCCAUCGGCUUGCAGGAGCUACUGCAUGCAGCAAACUCAAUACUAUUGAUGCAAAGUCAAUACUAGUGAAGGUUGACAAUAUCUACGACGACCAACAUUCAGUUAUAGUGUACGAGAAUGACGACUGUACUGGAUCCAUCCUCGGAGUCAUCGAGAACAUGAACGGCUGCUUGAACCUCCAUGGUCUUAACAAUGUCGUCGGCAGAUCCGUAAAGAUUAUCCCCGGUACCGUGGGUUCCACAGUAUUUGCAAAUGAAGGAUUUGAGACCAAUUACCUAUACAAUCUUCCUGCGCAGGAUAGAAGCCAUAUUAUGGUCCCUAUUGCCCAUGCUUUCUUCCGCACAGUUGACAUCACCAAUCACGCGGACGACGGUACCUAUGACGAUGAAGCCUUUGACAUAUUCAUCACCACUGAGCUUGAUCAUGUCCUCCGCUUGGAGAGCAACGCCGCAAUGCCUCUCACAGAAUUCGACAGCUCAGAAUCCAUCCAUCUCGAAAGGGCCGAUCUACUCGAGCGGAUAUCAGGAGGGAUGGAAGGGCUCGAGGCAGUAGCAAAUUCGUUCGCGAUGCAAGUGUCAGAGACAAUGAGGGUCAUCUAUAAUUCGUCGGCCCACCUUGCACAGGAAGUGGAGAAUACAUUCAAACGUGCCGCCGAGCGAGCGUCGAGCAGGGGAGAUUUUGACUUCUUGUACUCCCAAAAGAAUCAGGGACGUCUGGUCAGGAAAUUGAUUGACUCGGCUCAGUCGCAGGGCCUUACCAACGCGCAAUGGAACUUGAAAGAUAAGCGUGGCAGGACGUGGGAGGUAACUCUCAAGAUGAGAGAGCAUAAUGAGUAUGAUGGCGGGUCAUUAUGGGGUUGGUAG